AUGGUGCAAGAAAAUGUCGACCAGGCAGCAAUGGAAGUAUACCGCCCGGUGCAGGUAUUAUGCCAGGGCCUCAAGAGGGACGACCUUCCAUACGGAUCCGUAGGUCCUGACGAUAUUGCGCAAGGCAUUGCGUUUCUUGCCUCCGAUGCUGCAAAGACGAUCAGUGGUGUGAUGAUGCCGAUAGACAACGCUUGGUCGACUAUCUAG